GUCACAGCACAGUUGGGGUCUUGUAAAUGCGCCAUGAAUCCGUAUGAGUAGCUUGUUGUAAAAAAACGGAAUGUCUCUGCGCUGACAGGCCCAAGUCUAACGUUAUAAAUUCAACACUGUAGCGUUUGAGGAAGAAAGACUACGAUAUAUCGGCAAACCAAGAUGGAGUGCGAGUGGAAACCAGAUGAGCAAGGACUUCAGCAAAUUCUACAGCUUUUGAAAGAGUCCCAGUCUCCGGAUACGUCCACUCAAAGAUCCGUCCAGCAAAGACUGGAACAGCUCAACCAAUACCCAGACUUCAACAACUACUUGAUAUUCGUGCUGACGAAGUUGAAAUCAGAAGAUGAGGCGACCCGCUCUCUGAGUGGUCUGAUCCUAAAGAACAAUGUGAAGGCCCACUACCAGAACUUCCCCAAUGGAGUGUCUGAUUUCAUUAAGAGCGAGUGUCUGCAGAACAUCGGAGACUCCUCGCCUCUCAUCCGGGCCACCGCGGGUAUCCUCAUCACCACCAUCGCCUCCAAAGGGGAGCUGCAGAACUGGCCCGAGCUGCUGCCCAAACUCUGCCUUCUGCUGGACUCUGAGGACUACAACACCUGUGAGGGGGCGUUUGGAGCUCUUCAGAAGAUCUGUGAGGACUCAGCAGAGAUCUUGGACAGUGACGUGUUGGACCGUCCGCUCAACGUUAUGAUCCCAAAGUUCCUGCAGUUCUUCAAGCACAGCAGCCCCAAGAUAAGGUCUCAUGCCAUCGCCUGCGUCAACCAGUUCAUCAUCAGUAGGACCCAGGCCCUAAUGCUGCACAUCGACGACUUCAUCGAGAACCUGUUUGCCCUGGCGACUGAUGAGGAGCCGGAGGUGAGGAAGAACGUUUGCAGAGCUCUGGUCAUGCUGCUGGAGGUCCGCAUGGACCGUCUCCUACCACACAUGCACAACCUCAUAGAGUACAUGCUGCAGAGGACUCAGGACCAGGAUGAGAACGUGGCUCUGGAGGCCUGUGAGUUCUGGCUGACACUGGCUGAACAGCCUGUCUGUAAGGACGUGCUGUGUAACCACCUCUCCAAGCUGAUUCCGGUGCUCGUCAACGGGAUGAAGUACUCCGAGAUCGACAUCAUUCUGCUCAAGGGUGAUGUGGAGGAGGAUGAUGAUGAGGCAAUCCCUGACAACGAGCAGGACAUCAGGCCCAGGUUCCACCGCUCCCGUACUGUUGCCCAGCAACACGAGGGCGACCGUGAUGGCAUCGAGGACGAGGACGAUGAUGAUGAUGAUGACCUGGACGAUGAUGACACCAUCUCUGACUGGAACCUCCGUAAGUGUUCAGCAGCAGCGUUGGACGUGUUGGCUAAUGUGUUCAGAGAUGAUCUGCUCCUCCCCAUCCUGCCUCUCCUCAAAGAGCUGCUCUUCCACCCAGAGUGGGUCAUCAAGGAGUCUGGCAUACUGGUCCUGGGGGCCAUCGCUGAGGGUUGUAUGCAGGGUAUGAUCCCCUACCUGCCAGAGCUCAUCCCCCACCUGGUGCAGUGUCUGAGUGAUGAGAAGGCCCUGGUGCGCUCCAUCACCUGCUGGACCCUGAGUCGCUAUGCCCACUGGGCGGUCAGCCAGCCUCCUGACACCUACCUGAAGCCCCUGAUGACCGAGCUGCUCAAACGCAUCCUGGACUCCAACAAGAGGGUGCAGGAGGCCGCUUGCAGUGCCUUUGCCACUCUGGAAGAAGAGGCGUGUACAGAGUUGGUUCCCUACUUGGCCUACAUCCUGGACACGCUGGUGUUUGCCUUCAACAAGUACCAACACAAGAAUCUGCUCAUACUGUACGACGCUAUAGGGACGCUCGCUGACUCCGUGGGACACCACCUCAACAAGCCGGAAUACAUUCAGAUGCUGAUGCCUCCACUGAUAGCAAAGUGGAACCAGCUGAAGGACGAAGACAAGGAUCUGUUCCCUUUACUAGAGUGCCUGUCGUCAGUAGCCACGGCUCUCCAGAGUGGUUUCCUGCCCUACUGUGAGCCUGUGUACCAGCGCUGUGUCAACCUGGUGCAGAAGACCCUCGCUCAGGCCAUGCUCCACCAGUCCCAGCCAGACCAGUACGAGGCUCCUGAUAAGGACUUUAUGAUUGUGGCUCUGGACCUGCUCAGCGGAUUGGCCGAGGGGUUGGGCGGCAACAUCGAGCAGCUGGUCGCCCGUAGCAACAUCCUCACGCUCAUGUACCAGUGCAUGCAGGACAAAAUGCCGGAGGUGCGUCAGAGCUCCUUUGCUCUGCUGGGUGACCUGACUAAGGCUUGUUUCCAGCAUGUAAAGCCAUGCAUCGCUGAUUUCAUGCCUGUACUAGGCACUAAUCUGAACCCAGAGUUGAUAUCAGUGUGCAACAAUGCAACAUGGGCAAUCGGAGAGAUAUCUAUACAAAUGGGAGCUGAGAUGCAGCCCUACGUGACCAUGGUGCUGCACCAGCUGGUUGAGAUCAUCAACAGGCCCAACACUCCAAAGACCCUGCUGGAGAACACAGCAAUAACAAUUGGUCGUCUUGGUUACGUUUGUCCUCAAGAGGUGGCACCCAUGCUACAGCAGUUUAUAAGACCCUGGUGCACCUCUCUAAGGAACAUAAGAGACAAUGAGGAGAAAGACUCAGCUUUCCGAGGCAUCUGCACUAUGAUCAGUGUCAACCCCGGAGGAGUGGUACAGGAUUUUAUAUUUUUCUGUGAUGCAGUGGCCUCAUGGGUAAAUCCAAAGGAUGAUCUGCGAGACAUGUUCGGCAAGAUCCUCCAUGGGUUCAAGAACCAGGUGGGCGAGGAGAACUGGAGGCGUUUCUCAGACCAGUUCCCACUGCCUCUGAAGGAACGGCUGGCAGCCUUCUACGGGGUGUAACGCUUUCCAUAGGAACAGGCCUGUUCAAGGGGGUCAUUCACUAUGGGAGACGACAGACGGGGAACCUCUUAUACCCAGGGAACAUGUUACCGUUUUCUGGGGGUAGGGUCUGCCAGCUGGGGAGGGAGGGGGGUGCGGACCGGGACCCUCCUCAACCUUCUUGACGGGCGGGGUGGGAGGGAGGUGUUAGCCAGCAGAGGCAGUCAACGCCCCCCAAGCAACAGGCGAGGGGGACACAGGGGAACCGGUGGGCCAACUUAAUCAAGGGAGGAAACAUUUAUUUAAUCAUUUCAACAUCUCAAUCAGAAAGGAAAAGACGACGUCAGCGUAGCCAUUGUUGUCUCUUUUUUAUUUUAUUUAUUUUCAUCUGAGCUCUCCAGUGACGCUGCUACUGAGUGGACAUUUGAAACAAAACACAGGAAAAAAAAACAAUGCAAAACUUCAUAAAUGCUUCUGUCGUUUAGUUGUGGUAAAAUCAUGGGUUUAUACUUACCGCGGGGGUAGUACUGAUUGAGGAUCAGCUUUCAGUUAAGAAGAGCUUUUAAAUCUAUACGUAUCAACCGGAAAGUGCAACUCAGAGAUAAGUGUAGGGGGAGGGAGGGAGUGUAGAACUAGAUGGAAUUAUACCAACCAUAGAAUUUAUGUGGGGGUGGUUAUAAAAUAAGAAAAUUGCAUGGAAAUGACAUUACAAGUCUGGAAGAAAACAACAUAGCAGCUGUCCUCAACUGCCAGGACAGCUGCUAGCCAAGCAACCGCUACAGAGGGUAAUAGAGUAAAGGAAAUUCAUAUUUAUAAGAAGAAUCUAACCAGCAAUUUCUUGGGGGGGACACUGCCUUCGCAUAUCUUUGAAUAACAAUAGCCUGUCUUUUCUUGUAGUCAUCAAUCAAAGUAAUUGCGUUGAGUUAAUGAAAGAAAAAUUGGUAGUGGCAUAUUUUAAAGUAAUAGAGUAAUAAACAGUAUUUUUAUGGCAGGUCAGAAGCUGUGUUGAAUAAACCAUUCAUUCAAACACGUCA